AUGCAAGAGACGACGCUGGUGGCGCCGAAGCCGGUGACCAUAACUCAGCGGAGUGAGGACGAGAUCAGCCGUCCGAGUCUUCCGACGCACGUCGAGCAGCCUCCGCUGUCCCCGCAACGCGUCCACCACGCCUUCUACAGGUCGACGACUGAACAGAUUGCUAGUUACAACCCCGUCAACUGAAAAGACAUGAAAAAAUUUUCCAACCUUUUCAGCCGAAAAAAUUUUCAAAAAUGUGCUCCAAAAAGUAGCAAACAUACUUUCUUUGCAAAAAACACAUUUUUGAUGAAAUUUGAGCAAUCGUUUUUAACUUUUAAGCUGUUUUCAGCAAUUAAAAUUGGUUUCAGUUUUACAUGAAAAAAAUUGAUCAAAACUAAAAAAAGAGACUUUCUCGCUUUGGUUUUUUUCGCAUUUUUUUCACCUCAUAUUAAACAAAAAACAAUUGAAAUUUUUUUGUAAGAAUAAAGAAUUUUUUUAAAUACUUACAAUUUAAAAAAAUAGUCCAAUUAUCAGCUAGAGUGGCCAGGUUUCAAAUGCUCAAUUGCUUAAUUUGAGAAAAAAAUGCCAAUUCGAUAUGGACCGUUUUUCGUUAUAAUUUUUUUAUUUAGGUUAAAUUAAAGUCACUACUGGCAUUCUUCGUUUUUAUUUUUUGAAAUUUUUUUUCUUAUUUUCGAAAUAUUGACUUAAAUUAGGAACUCCGAAAGAAUCAGUUAACAAGAAUUUUUUUUCGAACUUCAAUGAUUUUUUACGUACCCUAAAUAGGUAUUCGAAUUUCGCCCGAUAUCCUUUCACCUAUUCGAUUUUCCAAUUUUUUCAGCUUGUGAUCACCAUUGUCGAGCAAAAAAUAAACAGUUUUAUUUGGAUGAAAAUAUGUUGAUGAGCAAAACAAAGCAAGAUCAAAAGAAAAAAGGGUGUGACUCUUGUAGAAUUCCGUUGGGUAGGUUAGAGCUAAACUCAAAUGGUUCUUUCAGGCCAUUUGUAGCAGACGACUUGGACGACCGAGAAAUGCCGGCGCCGCUCCGUGGAUCUAUCUCCUACCAUUCUGUCGACGAGCUAACCCAUAGCCAAUUUGGAACGAUCAAGUUUGAGAUUCAGCAAAAUUUUCAAAAGAACGGGAUCUUAAGGACAAUUGAGAAGGCCAAAGACAAAAAUUCCGAGAGAAUGUAUAAACGUCCUGGAUUCGACAACGUGCCAUCCUACUAA